AACUGCGAUUGUGUUCUCCCAGAUCUGUUGUCGGCAUGGAUUGUGGAGAUUUCUGUCAAAUUGAGGCAGCUCCUCUGGAGCCUCAAUCUCCUGUCGCUUAUGGGCUCUGUCCCUCAUUGUCUUUGGGUUCUGAUUCUCCUCUAUCCCAACCAGAAAACCAGUUAACUCCUUCUCCUGAUGCCAUCGCCUUGUCUUCCCUUUGUCGUCACUAUACUGAUAAGAUGAGAAUCAGCCCUCCAGGUUCUUUUUCUACGGAUUCUUCCAACGAAGUUGGACUUGGUUCUGUUUCGGAUGAAGAUAUACUUGAGUCUAUUUAUCAGAGUAUACUGGAAGCCAUUGUAUCCCUGCAAUUCGACCCCAAUCUGACUGACUUGUGGUCUUUUGAUGGUUGCAAGACGCCUCUUUCUGUGCACUGCUCUAACCACAUCCCAGAAACCUGUCCUGGAGCUCCCAUGAAGCUUACCAGGAUUUCGAGGAACAUCGAUUCUGGGUUGCGUAGAAAACUCUUCUGAUAUUGUAGCUACAGCUGUUGCAGAUAGCCUAGGAUCUAAUUUUACUUCUAUUCUGCCAUGUAAUGUAACUAUUGGCCGCCAAGACAAAGUUUGCAGUGGCGCUGUACAGUGGUCGUGGGCACUGAAGGUCAUGACCCGGUGGUUGUUCCAGUUUCUCACCUAAUAAAAAAGAUAGAAAGAUCAAUGCUUUGUUUCCAGUUGUUGUCUUCGUUCACUGGUGCUUUGUUUAGAUAGAUUAGUUGCAUAAUUCAACAGUGACUUGUCUGGAAUAAAGUUUCACUCUUUGCCAUU